AUCCAAACAUGCAUCCAAACAUGCCAAUGGAGAUAGCCUUGCUCUCUCUCCCCUUUGGAAGUGAAAAAUGAAACCUAAAUCAGUAAAUCCGGGUUCUUCGACCCAACUCCCAAGACUUAUCACGCGUAAUGUAAACAUCAGAUUUCCAGAACCACAAUCAUCAUCUUUACAGUAGCAAUGAAGAGAUCCGCAGCAUUAGCGUCGCUUCUUGAAAGCUACAAACAAAAGAAGAAGAUACGAUUAGCAACAAAUGUGAAAGUCGCUGAAAGAUCGAAGAAACAGAGCAAUCUAGUCUCAAAACCAAAACAAAAGCAGUUGAUUUCACUUCCAGAGAAGUAUGAAUCCUUAAUUGAUUUCUUUGAAAGUAUGGAAACUUCAAUCAGAUUAUUCAGAAUGAGACAAAGAAUAACAAAUUUUACUGACAUAAAAUCCAGUGUUGAAUGUUUGAAUAAAAGGAGGUUUAGUUAUGCAAAUUUGGCUCAAUUGAAGUACAUAUUACCGGAGAAGAUUGUGUUAAAGAAGGUUAUAAUACAAAAAGAUGAGCGCACAGAGUUUAAAGAGUAUGACCUUAAUAUUAAUCUGCAGAAUCUUGAGCCUGGGAAGGGUUUUUCAAGUUUGAAAGAGGAGUUUCGAUCCGGGCUAAUGGAUUUCUUGAAAUCCCAUCCCGAGGGUGAAGAUGUUCCAGAGGGUUUACUGCCAGAACCGUUUAACGGAACUAAGCAAGUUAGCAUGAAUGAAGCUACCGAUCUCCCUCGUCAAAAUCCAGUUUUGGCCUCUCGCAUAUCUGCUCCCCCUCAGCACACUCUAGUUGCAGUCUCUCACAUACCUUCUUCUUUCCAGAGGCGAUUUUCUUCCAAGGAUUCAAUCUGUGGAGCAGAAAAAAUGAACCUACGAGGAACCGUUCCUCUAGGACCUGUCACAUCUGAUUUUUCAAUACCUAAGAGCGUCUGUAUACAUCAACAUGAUGAUUCAGCAACAAACAUGUUUCUUACACGUCCACUCGCGAACAAUUCGUUAUUGUUCAGUACUCCUGUGAAGAAUGGGAGCCGUCUUGCAGUUUGUGCUGAUGUCAUCGAGGGGAUGAAACCCAAGGAGAAUGAAGAUUGCUUUUCAAAACAUGUUGAUGUCGCCGAGGAUGUUCCUGUUAAAGUUACUCCAGCAAGGUUGAUGCCUGUUACGCCUGAUUUGUCAAUGCGUAAGAGAGUCCCUAUACAUCAAAAGGAUGAUUCAGAUUCAGUUGAUUCGCCGAGCAAGUUACUCAGGCGUCCACCCACAAACAGGUCAUUAUUUUUUAGUACUCCUAUGAAACCCGAGGAAAAUAAAAACUCCUUCUCAAAACAUGUUGCUGUCGUCGAGGGGACUCCUGCUAAAGUUAUUUCUACUCCAUCGAGGUUGAUGCCUGGCACGCCUGAUUUGUCAAUGCGUAAGACAGACACUACACAUCAAUAUGAUGAUUCAGUUGAUUCAGCGAGGCUUAGGCGUCCACCCACGAACAGGUCGUUGUUUUUUGGUACUCUAAUGAAACCCGAGGAAAAUGAUAAUUCCUUAUCAAAACAUAUUGAUGCCAUCGAGGGGACUACUGCUAAAGUUAUUUCUACUCCAUCGAGGUUGAUGCCCGGCGCGCCUGAUUUAUCAAAGUAUAAGGCAUCCACUUUACAUAAAGAUGAUGGUUCAAUAGACAAGUUACACAGGUGUCCGAGAAGGUCGUUAUUGUUUAGUUCAACUGUGAUGAAUACAAAAGCUAAGGAAAAAUCAAAUGAGGGGAGAUCUUCAUUUUAUCUGAAUAAUCUACUUGGAGCAGAGCUUGUGCAAUCGAUAAGAGAGAAUGAGACAAUUUCCCGUGCAAAGUUCAGGAAAAGGAUGAUUGCAUGCCUUCCAAAAGUGUUCGACAUGAUCCAUUUCAUGUUUCAGUCAAUUAAGCAUAGUGUUACUACAACAGAGGAGGUUAUACGAAAGAUCACUGCAAAUCCUUUUUAUAUAACUGAUAGAAAAGAAAUUGAAGCACAGCUGACACUUUUGAAAGAACUGCUUCCAAAUUGGAUUUCUGAGGUGGUGGUAUCUAGCGGUGAUACUCUCUUACGCAUCAAUAAGAUGAGAAGUACUGACGAAUUGCGAAGAAGACUUGCCCAAGCUGUCUAAGACUGUUAAGAUUUUUUUGGAAACUCUUCUAAUAGCUGUUUCAGUCGUUUAUGGAUAAAUUUUACUGGCAGUAGCUCACACCUUUCUUCUUCCUGUGACGGAUAGCAAUUCAUUUUAAUUUAUUUUCUAUGUUGCUUCCGUUGUUAACAUAGUUCACAUGGAAAGCAGCAACCUUUUAAGAACAUGCUUUCAAGUCUGUACAUGUUACUAACCCUGACACAGCUUAACCUAAUCUAAUACAAAGUUGAUUUUCCUUUA